UGCGUUUUCUUAUAUAAUGGGGAACCAAUAGCCAUUUAAUAGAACUUAAUUAGUGAAGAGAGAGAGAAGACGAACACUAUCAUGGCUUCUUCACUCAGAAUCUCAAGACUUAUCUCUCGCUCCUUUUCUUCUACUUCUUUCUUUUCACGAGGUGGGAAUGGUUUCCUUGGUUCAAGACAAAGUAAAUUCAGCACUUCUGCUGCCAUUGAAGAAGAACCCAUUAAACCAUCAAUACAAGUAGAACACACCCAACUCUUAAUUGAUGGAAAAUUUGUAGAUGCUGCUUCUGGUAAAACUUUUCCAACUUUAGAUCCUAGGACAGGUGAAGUGAUUGCUCAUGUUGCUGAGGGUCACUCUGAAGAUGUUGAUCGAGCAGUUUCAGCUGCACGAAAAGCAUUUGAUCAUGGACCAUGGCCUAAGAUGACAGCUUAUGAACGGCAAAGGAUCUUGUUGCGUGUGGCCGAUCUGAUCGAGAAGCAUAAUGAUGAGCUUGCAGCACUUGAGACUUGGGAUAAUGGAAAGCCUUAUGAACAAGCUGCUAAGAUUGAAGUUCCAAUGCUUGUUCGCCUGAUUCGAUACUAUGCUGGUUGGGCAGAUAAGAUUCAUGGUCUAACAGUUCCAGCUGAUGGACCUUAUCAUGUGCAAACAUUGCACGAACCGAUUGGUGUUGCCGGUCAGAUCAUUCCAUGGAACUUCCCUCUUCUCAUGUUUGCCUGGAAGGUUGGACCGGCAUUGGCCUGUGGCAACACCAUUGUUCUCAAAACAGCUGAGCAGACACCAUUAUCUGCUUUAUAUGCAGCAAAACUAUUUCAUGAGGCUGGACUUCCUGCUGGUGUUUUGAAUGUAGUUUCCGGCUUUGGUCCAACUGCUGGUGCUGCUCUUGCUAGUCACAUGGAGGUUGAUAAGCUUGCUUUUACCGGUUCCACUGAUACUGGGAAAGUUGUCCUUGAACUGGCGGCUAAAAGCAAUCUUAAGCCUGUUACUUUGGAGCUUGGUGGGAAAUCUCCCUUUAUAGUGUGUGAAGACGCUGAUGUAGAUCAGGCUGUUGAGCUCGCACACUUUGCCUUAUUCUUUAAUCAGGGACAAUGUUGCUGUGCUGGGUCUCGAACAUUUGUACAUGAAAAUGUAUACGAGGAGUUUGUUCAGAAAGCAAAGGCUCGUGCUUUGAGACGUGUUGUUGGUGAUCCAUUCAAGGGGGGAAUAGAGCAAGGUCCUCAGAUUGAUUCAGACCAAUUUGAGAAAAUACUGAGGUACAUCAGAUCCGGUGUUGAAAGCGGGGCAACCCUUGAAACAGGAGGAGACAAGCUUGGCAACAAGGGCUUCUACAUUCAACCUACAGUCUUCUCAAAUGUUAAGGAUGGCAUGCUGAUUGCAAAGGAUGAGAUCUUUGGUCCAGUCCAAUCCAUAUUAAAAUUCAAGGACCUUGGUGAGGUAGUUCAAAGAGCGAACAACACACGUUACGGGCUUGCGGCAGGAGUGUUCACAAAGAACAUGGACACUGCAAACACUUUGACGCGGGCACUGAGAGUUGGAACAGUUUGGAUAAACUGCUUUGACACAUUUGAUGCUGCAAUUCCCUUUGGAGGGUACAAAAUGAGUGGUCAAGGCAGAGAAAAAGGAGAGUAUAGUCUCAAAAACUACUUGCAAGUGAAGGCUGUUGUUAAUCCCUUGAAGAACCCAGCAUGGCUUUGAGAAACACUAGUGCCUUCCUUGGAUGAUCAACUAUCAGUGCCUCAAUGAUAAUGAUGAUAAAAACAAAAUCCUUUUUUUUUUUUUGUUACACGAGUUAUGAGUUAUGACAUUGUUGAUUUUUUUUCUUGAUGUUCAUCCUUUUAAGUUUUAUCUCUUUUGUCUAUUUCUAUCCCCUGCAUUUGCACAAGUCAGCGUGACACACUAUGUUACAUGGGAUGGGUCUCUUAAUACGUCAAACUCUUAUGGUCUAAAUUGUGUUUUUAA